AUGCCAAUCCCAAAGCCACAUGGAGGUCAGCUCCAGGAUCUUGUUGUACGCGACGAUGCUGUCAGGGAGGAGCUUAUUAGUUCCGCUUUGAAUGGUACUUUCUCUAUCCUUACAUUGACGGAUCGCCAACUCUGUGAUUUAGAGUUAAUCCUUAAUGGCGGGUUCUCCCCUUUAACUGGUUUUUUAAACGAGGAGGAUUAUAACUCAGUUGUCGAAAAGAUGAGAUUUUCGAGCGUCCGUAAUGACAACGGUGAAGGCUUGUUGUGGCCCAUGCCCAUCACACUUGAUGUCUCUAAGGAAAAGUCUCAACAAUUUUCAAUAGGCGAUAAAAUCGCUUUACAGGACCCAAGGGAUAAAAGACUCCUUGCAAUUUUGUCCAUUGAAUCGAUCUACAAGCCGGACAAGGAACGCGAAGCCAAAUUGGUAUUCAGAGGGGACCCGGAGCAUCCAGCCGUUAAUUACCUUUACACAGUCGCGGGCGAAUAUUAUAUUGGUGGCUCUAUUCAAGGCUUAUCAUACCCAAGGCACUAUGAUUACACCGAAAUUAGAAAGACGCCUUUGGAAUUAAGAAAGGAGUUUGAGGAAUUGGGUUGGAGUGACCAGAAGAUAGUUGCUUUUCAAACCCGUAAUCCAAUGCAUCGCGCUCAUAGAGAGCUCACUGUCAGAGCCGCGAAGGAUCUCGGAGAAGGCUCUCAUAUUUUGAUCCAUCCUGUCGUAGGUAUGACAAAGCCGGGAGAUAUUGAUCACCAUACUAGAGUCAAAGUCUAUCAGCAGAUUUUGAAGAAGUAUCCUGCAGGGUUAGCCACCCUUUCCUUGUUACCCUUGGCAAUGAGAAUGGGAGGAGACAGAGAAGCGUUAUGGCAUGCGCUUAUCCGUAUGAACUACGGUGUUGAUCAUUUAUAG